CUGGCGCGCGACGCAAGGCGAUCGUCUCUUCUUCCCGGAGCCACAACACGCCUCGCUCUCUUCCCGUGUGGCGCCGCGAGGACAUCCAAGAUGCCACAGUUUUGCAACGGCAAAAUCACCAAGCAGUCGGCUGAUCAGCCCGAUGAGUUUGAAACCUCCAUCGGGCAGACUCUGCUCGACCUGGAGAUGAACUCUGAGCUGAAGGCGCAACUCCGUGAACUUACCAUUACCGGCGCCACACAAAUUGAUGUUGGUGACAAAAAGUGCAUUGCUAUCUUUGUGCCAGUUCCCUUGUUGAAGGCAUUCCAGCGUGUUCAGCAGCGUCUCGUACGUGAGCUGGAGAAGAAAUUCAGCGGAAAGCAUGUUGUUGUUAUUGCCCAACGCCGUGUUGUGGCCAAGCCCUCACGUAAGAUGAAGAACCCUCCCAAGCAGAAGAGGCCCAGGAGGUAAGGCCUUUUAACCAAG